AUGGAGUUCCUGCAGGACAGCAUCCCAAGGGUGUGCAUCGCCGCCGCGGCCGCCGCGCUGUACGCGCGCGCGUCGUCGUCCCUCCUCCGGCCCGGCCUCCCCCGCCUCGUCGCGCUGCUCCCGGUGCUGGCGUUCCUCGCCGCCGCGCCCUUGGCGUUCGCUUCCUCCACCAACGUCCGGGGCACCGCCGCCUUCUUCCUCGCCUGGCUCGGCACGUUCAAGGUCGCCCUCCUCGCCGCCGGCCGCGGGCCGCUCGACCCCGCGCUGCCCGUGCUCACGUUCCUCUUCACCGCCUUGCUCCCCGUCAAGCUCCGCGGAGCAGCGGCGCCGGCCAACGCCGGCAACAGCAAGCCGGUGUCGCUCGUUUCUUGCGCGGUCAAGGUCGCCGUCAUAGCCGCCCUGCUCCGGCUCUACCAGUUCAGCGACCGGAUGCACCUCUACGCGCGCCUCGCGCUGUACGGCGUCCACAUGUACUGCUUCUUCGACCUCCUCCUCCCCUGCAUCGCGGCCGCCGGCGCGGCGCUCGGCAUGGAGAUGGAGCCGCAGUUCGACCGGCCGUACCUGGCCGCGUCGCUGCGCGACUUCUGGGGCCGGCGGUGGAACCUCAUGGUGUCCGCCAUCCUCCGGCCGUCGGUGUACGACCCCGUGCGCGCGCGCGCCGGGAGGGCCGGCGGCGUGCUGGCCUCAUUCGCGGUGUCCGGGGUGAUGCACGAGGCCAUGGUGUGCUACCUCGGCCUGCGGUGGCCGCCCAGCGGGGGGAUGGCCGCCUUCUUCGUCCUCCACGGCGUCUGCUGCGUCGCCGAGGGGUGGUGCGCGCGGCGGUGGGCGACCAGGGGGUGGCCGCCCCUGCCGCGCCCCGUGGCCACGGCGCUGGUGGGGCUGUUCGUGACGGCCACGUCGUUCUGGAUCUUCUUCCCGGCUCUUCUUCCCGGCGUCGAGGAGAAGCUGAUGGAGGAGUGGGCCGCAGUGGGGGCUUUCUUCCUCGACGCCGGCGGGAAAGUUCCGUCGUAUGGUCAACGGAGCAAAAGUUAG